UUAUGGCUCUGCGACAAUGUGGCCGCGCGACAAAGUGGGCUUGUCCCUUCUCAACGAAUUUAUACAAGUUUACAUUCUGACAUUUUUUCACUUGUUUACAUUUUGAAAAAAUUUUUUUCUCACUUCCUUUCAUCGCCGCCGUUUUAGCGUAUAGGCGUUUUACAAUCCUAAAACUUUAAAACUUUUUCAAGUUUUCAAACUUUUUUGCAACCUUAUCAGAUUAUUUUACAAUACCAACUUUUUCUUUACAAUUUAAUACAACUUUAUUUUUUUUUACAAACUUUUUACAACUUUACCAACCUUUUCUUUGUAAUUUUAAUAAAACCUUAUUUUUACAAUCCCUAAAACUUUUUUUACAAUUUACCAACUUUAUUUUUACAAUUGUAAUUUUUUAUUUUAAUUUCUUAGUAUUUUGACCAAGUUUAAUUUUUUAUUGGUCAUUCCAAGCUUAUUUUCAGUAAAGUAAUUAAUUUUUUAAAUUUUAUUUUUUUUCUCAACUUGGAGGGGAAAUGAUUCAAAUGAAAAUUAAAGCCAAAUUCCCCAAUAUAACGACAACAGUUCCAACAGCUACGGAAACCCAACUUUUGCAACUUUGGAUGACCGAUUUGGCAAAAAAUGGAAUUAAUGUAAAAUCACAUAUUAGGCUGUUUGUUUAUGAAUUUGUUAAAUAUGUGGGGAAUGAUACAAGUCUUUUGGUUAAACGUUUUGCUGGUAUUUUUUUGAUUAUUUUUUUUAUAAUAAGGGGUUUAAUUAAGGAAUUAUUAAUUUUGAAGCAAUUCCAAAGGGAAAAUAGGGCAAAUAAGGGGGACUUGCAGGCCCGUAGCCAGGAUUUUUUUUCGGGGGGGGGGGGGGCCAAGGGGGGAAAAAUUUUUAUUUUCAGCGCCGCAGGCGAAAAUUUUGAAGCCCGUAGGCCAAAAAAAUUCACUUUUUUUGCCCCAGCCCUUCGCCUAAUUUUUCCCUUUUCCCCAUUUCGGGGGGGGGGGGGGGGAAUUCCCCCGCCUACCCUUCCCUGGCUACGGGCCUGGGGACUUGGAAUGAUUUUUUAUUUGUUCUGUGAUAGAAUUCAAGAAGUCCAUAAAUGGUUAGAUUUUGAAAGAGACAAAGCCUUGUCUAUUGGAAAAGAAUUGGACCGUGCAAAUACAGAGGCUUUGGCUAUUGUGAAGUCUGACCUGUUUAAAUAUAUUUCGCAUUCAAAUGACCCUGAUGCUCUUCCUUGGCUGCUUUCGAUUAUUUCUCGUUGUAAAGAAGACGACCCUCAAUCUUUUGCUGAGCUUCACUUAAACAACUUAACUUCUACCCAAUUUUAUUCUCAACUUUAUUCCGGCGACGACCCUUUUAAAGUGGACAGAAUACGUGCAGUACUGGAACCAAGACAUAUUUUUGAAUGGUUUAAAAAUAAAGGGAUGAGUGAAUAUGAGGAUUUGUUGAGAAGAAUUGAAAUGAUUUAUGUUGCUCAAAAUCAGGCGAAGAGAGAAAUCGAAGCUGCUGCCUGUCUGUUCAUUCGUGGAUUGGCCCAUUGUUCUGAUAUUGAAAAUUCAACGCUAGAAUUUGGGGAUUGGUAUUACGAAUUUAUUGAAGCUUUGUUAAGUCAUGGAGACUGCCGAUUUUUUGCACGUUUGAUUGAUCCAAAUUAUGCUGAUUCUUUAGAUAAAUGGAAAGCAAAGAAAAUGGUAGCGGCAGGUAUUAUGAAACCAGAAUUGCUUGAAUAUUUAAUUGGAGAUGAGGAGGAAAUUACUGAACCUAGAAAUCAAAUUAAUUAUUUAAAUAAUAGAAGUUCAAGUAUUGAAUCUUAUGAACCUGAACAAUAUGAUUUACGUCCAUAUCAAAACGAAUUGGUUUUGCAUGCAAAUAAUGGAAGAAACACAAUAAUAUGUGCCCCAACAGGAAGUGGAAAAACUUUGGUAGCUGUUGAUAUAAUUAAAAAUCAUUUGUCUAAUAGACAUAGAGAUGGGAAAAUUGGAAGAGUUAGUUGA